AUGGACAUUCCCAUCUUCCGAACCGAAGAGGGCAGAUAUCUUGCUAAGUCUCUCGGUGAUCCUUUGAUCAAAGGUCUAACCGAAGUGGCGAACAUUAAGCCGAAAGAUCCGGUCGCCUUCCUUGCAUCUUUUCUUCAUAACUUUCCUGAACGCGAGAAGCCAAUGUUAGGAGUACAGGAGACCAACAUGAUGGUGACGCAAGGAGCGGCUGAAGUUGAGAACGAGCAGGUUCCAUCCGCAACUACACCAAAACCUUCCAAAGAGAACAGAAAUCGUACUGCCACGAGGCCUAACCGACCUAUUGAUGUAGUCGCUUUAGAGCCACAGACCGUCACCAGUCCUGACGCUCCGGAAACCGCCUUCAGUAGUGCAACUAGGGACGAACACGGACAAUCAAUGCUCCACUUCGCAGCUGCACGUACCCAUACACGAAACGCGCUGUUCCAAUUACUUCAGGAGUCAGACAUUAGUCUGGGUGUGUCUAUUAAUGACGUAGGAAAUACAGAGAAAAUAAUGGAAUUACUGCUAGAAGGAUAUGAUCACAUACUUGAUAUAACAGAUGAAGAUGGAGUUCCAAUUACAGAAGUGAUUGCUCUUCGCCGGAACACUGACAUGAGCAACUUGCUUGCUUCUAUACCCGCGUUUGAGGAAUCUCGAGAAACUUUACACAACGCUGUCAGGAAAGGUGAAUUAGAAAGCGUGCAAAAUAUCUUGUCUGGAGAGGGUGCACGAACUCUUGCUCGCAGUCGUAAUUCCUUCGGCAGAACAGCUUUACACGUCGCUGUCCUAGCACAACAUGAAGAUAUUGUUGCGUACUUAGCACACACUUACCCGGAGCUUCUCCGCGUUGGUGAUAAUUUGGAACGUACGCCGCUUCAUUACGCAAUGGGAGUGGAGAAGAUAGAAUCUAUAAGCAGAGUCCUGAUCCGAGCUGGGGCCAAACGUGUUCUCAAAGAUCUUAAAGGUCGCCAACCUACUUACUACUUUAUGAACAAAUCCGAAAUUCUACGACUUAAAGAGGAGGAAGAGGUUUACUGA